AUGAUAGAGAAGAGUCAGGAUUUUAAAGCAAGGGCUCUGAUACCAUGCAGAAAAAUUGAUGUUUCAGAUCAGAAGGCUCUGAUACCAUGCAGAAAAAUUGAUGUUUCAGAUCAGAAAAAUGCAGAAAACUGCAGAAAAAUUGAUGUUUCAGAUCAGAAAAAUGCAGAAAACAGAUGUUAUGUUGUACAGAAUAAGGAGUUGCAAUCAAAAAUUCUUCAGUCAGGAAGUGUUCCGGAAAGUGUUCUUGCUCUUGAUAAAAUAAAAAAACCUUUAUACGAAAAGCAUCCAAUGGCAAAGUUUUCCUGGACUGUUACUGAAGAAACUGAUACGGUAGAAUGGUACAAAAGAUGCCUGGAUGUGCUAAACAAUGUUGAAAAUCUAUCUCAAGGGAAGGAUGCAGCCACCAUCAUUCAGAGCAAAGUUAUGCAGUUCUUGAAAGGGAAAAAUGAAGAUUUGCAGAUUCUCUUUGAUAAGGAGUUAAAAUCUGGGGAUUUUAGUGGUUUACAUGAAGAAUGUCUCACGGAUACAUGGAUAGGAAAUCACAGAUGGGCAUUUAUCGACUUGUCUGCGGGGCCCUUUACAUGGGGGCCUGCUGUUGGUGGAGAAGGUGUUCGCACAGAACUGAGCUUACCAAGUGUAGAAAAAACCUUAGGUGCAGUUGCAGAAAUUUCUGAAGAAGAGGCUGAAGAUAUAUUGCAAGAGGCGAUACAAGAGAAGUUUGCAGUAUUUGGUGAUAUGCAGAAAGAUCAUCAAGCCAUAGAUAUCCUUCUUGCAGAAAUUGACAUAUACGAGCUGUUUGCUUUCAAACAUUGCAAAGGUAGGAGGGUUAAGCUUGCUCUUUGUGAAGAGCUUGAUGAGAGAAUGCGGGAUUUGAAAAACGAACUACAGUCUUUUGAGGGUGAGGAGUAUGAUGAAAGCCAUAAACAAAAGGCUGUGGAUGCAUUGAAAAGGAUGGAGAAUUGGAAUUUAUUCAGUGAUACUAAAGAGGAUUUUCAAAAUUACACCGUAGCACGUGAUACUUUCCUUGCACAUUUGGGUGCUACCUUGUGGGGGUCAAUGAGACAUGUUAUAUCUCCUUCGCUUGCUGAUGGGGCAUUUCACUACUAUGAGAAACUAUCUUUUCAGCUGUUUUUUAUCACAGAGGAGAAAUUUAGAAAUGUUAAAUUGCUGCCCGUUGACCUCAAGUCUAUAAUGGAAGGACUUUCAAUGCUGAAAUUGCCUUCUCAGAAAGUGAUGUUCAGUCAACAUAUGUUAUCUCUGUCUGAAGAUCCUGCUUUGGCAAUGGCUUUUUCUGUGGCUAGAAGAGCUGCUGCUGUCCCUCUGUUACUGGUUAAUGGAACAUACAGGAAAACUGUCCGUUCCUAUCUUGAUUCUUCCAUUCUCCAACAUCAGUUACAACGAUUGAAUGAUCAUGGUUCUUUGAAAGGGUCACAUGCACAUAGCAGGUCGACUCUCGAAAUCCCUAUUUUUUGGUUUAUUCAUGGGGAAACAUUGUUAGUUGACAAGCAUUACCAAGCAAAGGCACUAUCCGAUAUGGUUAUUGUUGUUCAGUCAGAAUCAUCAUCAUGGGAAAGUCAUCUGCAGUGUAAUGGGAAGUCACUUAAGUGGGACUUGAGGAGGCCUAUAAAGGCUGCUUUAGCUGCUGUUUCUGAACAUCUGGCAGGAAUACUUCCUCUCCAUCUUGUUUACAGUCAAGCCCAUGAAACUGCAAUUGAGGAUUGGAUAUGGUCAGUGGGUUGCAACCCGUUGUCCAUCACUUCUCAAGGCUGGCACACCUCAAGAUUUCUGUCUGAUACUAUUGCUCGAAGUUAUAUACUCACAGCUCUUGAGGAAUCAAUUCUACUUGUCAACUCAGCUAUUAGCCGCCUUGUCAGGGAGAAGACGUCAGAGCGGACUUUCAAGCCGUUUAAGUCUCAAGAGCGUGAGUUAUUGAACAAAUACAAUUAUGUUGUCAGCUUGUGGAGAAGGAUUUCAAGUGUUUCAGGGGAACUUCGAUAUACAGAUGCAUUGGCACUUGUGCACACCCUAGAGGAUGCAUCAAAAGGGUUUGCUGAAUAUGUAAAUGCCACUCUUGCCAGUCUCCAUCCAAUUCAUUGCACAAGGAACCGGAAAGUUGAUGUUGAGUUUGACAUGACAACCAUACCUGCCUUUCUGGUCGUCCUCUUCAUUCUGUGGUUUGUUUUGAGGCCAAGAAGACCAAAGCCUAAGAUCAACUGAGGUUUUUCUUCCUAUGCUGAUAAUUAGUUAGUUAUCAUAAAUGGCUAACUGGCAACUUGUGACAAAGCCCAACUCUGACUGCAGGAAAAAUUUUGAUUCCAAAACAGUGAUAUUUUUUCUAGUGCCCUCUAUUUAUUUUGAUCAUAA